AUGGACCCCUCCCUCUCCUUCCUGCCCAAACGGAGGAGAGUUCAGUUUUACCUCUUGGACUGCUGCAAUGGCCUCCUCCUCUCCCGCAACUGGGAUCAGCCUUAUGGUGUCAAGAACUUUGAUUAUGUGGUCUGCAAUCCCGCCACUAAGAAAUGGGUCGUCGUGCCUGCCGCCGUAUGGUCCUGCGAGGUGCGGAUUACUCGCCUAGGGUUCCAUCCGACUGUCUCCUCCCACUUCCAUGUGUUCGAGCUUGCAUCUGCUGGUGCCAAUAUGGAGGGUCAGGGUACACGCAUCCAAGCAGUCGGAAUCUACUCAUCCAAAGCUGGAGUUUGGACACAUCAAGUUGUUUGGGACAGCCCAAUUUCGAUAAACCGACUAUUCGAAAAGCCUAUUUUUCAACAGGAUGCUGCAUUUAUCGUCUCGGUCAUGUCAUAA